UGACGGCAUUCACUAACUUCAAACUUGUAUCGAGACGAAAGUCUAUAGUUCCAAUAUAUUGCUCUCGAGAAAUAUAAUAAUCACUUAAUUUAAUAAUUAAAAGAUUUAUUUUCCCAAAAAAAUAAGCAUGGAGAAACAAGCGGGUUGUAAAGUGGACACGAAGCAAGGCAGAUUAAAAUAUUGUCCCGUAAUUUCUGUUAAUGAGAGCCAAGUUGUAUGCCAAUUCCUAAACGAGUGCGAAUUUCCAUCAAUGUUAAUGACGAGCUACGUUGAACAUUUAUCUGUGGAACACGAAAUACCUGUGAAUUAUGGUCACGUCCAAUAUGUUGGAUUAUGUAUCCAAGAUUUGAAGAUAUUACAGGAUUUGUCACAAUGUUUCAUCAGUACACUUUUUGGCCAUUUUGGGCAGUUUUUUGGACUCACUUUCUUUCAAGAAGAGGAAAAUCUGUGUAUCACAGUCACCAAAAUUCCAACCGUCGGGAAAAUUACAGACAAUUUACUAUACCAAUUGCAACUUUUAGGCCCCGAUGGAUUAAUGCGAGAGAGCACUGGAAACAUUCGUACGUUGGAAGACAUCAAAAUAUCUGUGGACAUUGGGGAUUGUAUUCGCUUGAGAUAUAAAUCACUUUCGAAAUUUCAAGAUUCGACCAAAAAAUUGAUGUUCAAUGUCGCCAUGUUUGAUUCUAAAGGACCAUCAUCGACUGAAUUUGAAUGGGUUUAUGAGGACGACCUGGAAAUGGAAAAGUGUGGUCUGCCCAUAUCUGAAAAUGAAAAACGAGACAGUUCUAAUUAUGACGAUGAUGAUUUUACUCUUGUUCCUGGUAAUUUGUCUGAUUAUAUGGGCUACCUUGGUUGGGAAGCUGGAAUAAAGAAGGAAGAGCCAAAGUCUUUGAACGAAGUUAUCGAACGUUUUGGAAUAGAUAUUGGGCUCACCGGAUUUGAACGUGACGUAGCUGUAAAUUUCCAUUGCCCACAAUCAUUACGAAGAUUUCGAUUGUUCCAGACAAUGACAGACAAUGACAAAAUCUAACGCUUGAAUUUUAGUGGCGUAGAUUUUACUAUGCAGGGAUAAAUUGGCUUGGGCAGUAUUUAGUGGUAGAACUUUUAAUUUUAUGUUCAUGAUUUUUUUGGGAUUUUUAUUGUGAAAUUUUUGGACAUGAAUAAAUGACGAAUCGAUAAUACGUAUUACUAAUUUAACAA